GAAAAAUUUGAGAAAAAUAAUAAUAAUUAUAUUUGCCUUUCUCGUUUUGAAAACCAAACUAAGAACGUCUGAUUAUUUUGAUGAUUUACAGGUCGGAUAUCACAGCCUCCCGGUGGAUUCCAGUUUGGCUUUACUUUACGCUUUAUUGGACUAUUGAUAUUCUGUCUUCCUGGCUCAGUCUUCCACGUUCCAGUUAUUUCUUUUAUGCGGAAACGAGAAUUGAAUUAUUAGAGUGAUAGGUGCUGAUGCCAGCAACCUGUUGUUCUUAUGCUGUCCUGUGAUUAAGUGGAGAACAAAAAUGCCUUAACUCGUUCUCUGGCUCGCCUUAAUUCAGGACUUGACUGCAAGUCUGCAGCUUUGAUUUUCGUGUGUUUGGGUUCUGGAUGCUGGACCAGAUUACGGGAUUACCUGAUGUUCGAGUGCGAUUUCACACUGGAAUUAAAAGAUUCAAGUGCAAGCGGCAAGCAAACUUGGCAAUUAUUGUAAACAUAACGGGUUGUUUAUUUUGCAGUGUUUGUGGGAGUAUCGCACAAACUGAACUAUAGGCUGGUGUUUUAUGUAGGUAUUUAAUCAGAACUACGCUCAAACUGUUUCGCAAAUGAGCGUCAACAUGCUCGGCGCUUUCGGUAUUACUUGUCGUCGUUGUCGAGCGCUUUCCGAUACGUAGACUGAAUUGUCCGUAUUUAUUCCCAGCUUGCAUAAGCAGGUUUAUUCCGCUGUACAACCGGUGACCAGCUGGAUGAUCAGCUCGUUCACCGUGCUGGAUGCACGAUUAUUUAAAGCUGUGGUGUAGUCCGCGAUCGGUUUCUCCGAUUUUAUAUUUUAAAAUAGCUGGCUUUGGUUAUGGUAUGUGACUCCUUGAAAAGUAUGGCACCGGCAAUUCUCACGGAUAGAUAUGCAGAAGCUACAAAUCAACCGGCCGCUGAGAGAGUCAUGCUGGAAGACAUGUCGGAACCACCGGCCUUACCUCCACCACGACGCGUCAACCGUGCACCGGAAGAUAACAUUGCAUAUCAGCCGACCCACCCACCGCUGACUGAAUCGACCACUUUGGCUUUGAGAAAUAUUCCGGAAUGCUCGUCUCCAGUCGAAAAAGCUGCACCAAUACCACGACCACGAAAGCCCGUGCCGCUGCCCCGUUUCAAAUUACCGUCUAAAUCUCCGUUAACUCCUGAAAGCUCAGUAUCCCUCCAUGACGAGCUGUCAUCUGCUAUGGGAAGUUCCGAACAUCUGUCAGAGCUGGAAAACUUAAAAAUGGAUAAUCUGAGUGAACAUGAGUUGGAUUCUUUCCCUUUAUCGGAAUAUCUGCAGCCGGUGAAAACUGAUCAAUCUCAGAGUGGCCAACCCACUAAAUUUCCUUAUCCAGCGCGCAGUGUCUUAUCGAGCACUGUCAGUACUCCGAUCGUACCGUCGGAUGUUCAACAAGUGCCAAUUCAUCGGUCUGCAUCCAAUGGCACGAUGGCUUCCGCUAAAAGCCUGAUACAGUGGGAAUCUAUCGAUAAUCUGCAAGAUUUUCAUGGGCAGGCAAGCGGUUUACGAGCAGUUGAGCCUGAUGUGUUCUCUGCUGUCGAUCUGGACUUGACUCCUCCUGCUUACAGUCCUCCACCGAUACCUAAAAGUCCCGAAUCCGGAAGGGAACUGAUACCGAUCGAGCCGCCACCUCCGCUACCUCCAAGACCUUUGAAAAAAGACGGCACUUCAAUGGAUGUUAUAGUUGAACGACCGGCUCCGCCACUUCCGGUGGCUGUUAGUAAAACGGCGCACGAGCGCGAAGUGCGCAAUGGAAUCUCCACUUUGUGCAGCGAUUUACUGACUGUCAAGUUUAACCAAAGAGAGCAGGGUAAGCGAUGGUGUGUUCUGAAGGAUGGCAAAAUUAGCCUGUAUGCAGAUCGCAAGUCUUUGAUAAGCCCAAAAAAUGUGAUAUUAUGCAGCGAGAUAUUGGAUAUCACUGUGCUAGAAGAGAAGAAAAACAAGCUUUCAUUUGGUUUUGAGAUCACUAUGAUCAAAGACCGCAGCAAGCCUUGGACUUUUUCCGCGGUUUCGCGGGAUAUGGUGAUUCGAUGGAUGAGCGCAAUAGCCAAGGGUAUCUGUGAUGUGUCGGGAAUGUACCUCACAUCACCUUUGGUCGGAUCAGAAGAAUAUGAAUUUGGAGGGAAAGUAUUCAUGCGCCGAGGCUCGACAGGGGAAUGGAUGAAAAUUUGGAUUGAAUUGCAAGGACGCACUCUUCGAGUUUUCACAGAUGAUGUAUUGGAAGAGUUUGACUUGCGAAAAACAUUAUCGUUCAAUAUGGUCAACGUUGGCCUUUACGAAAAUAAAUCCGAUGCAAUGUGCCGGGACGUUGCGCAAGAAAGCAAUCCUUUCAUAUUAAAUAUGCCCGGGAAGUCGUUGCAUUUUCAAGCGGACACCGACAAGCAAACACUGCAGUGGAUGAAAAUCAUGCAAAAACGAGCUAAGGAAUGUGGCGAUUCUUUGGAAGAUCAGCCUUUGACUGCUGACGAUGUUCCGGUUAUUGUCGAUAAAUGCAUGCAGUUCGUUUCCGCAUAUGGAUUGAAAUCCAAAGGAAUUUAUCGACAAAGCGGUGUGUCCUCGAAAAUUGCGCUGAUCUUGGAGAUGUUCGCAAAAGAUGCUCAUUCAUGCUAUCUGUCUCGGGAAAAUUUUACGGAGCACGAUGUUGCUGGUGCUCUUAAACGUUUCCUCCGACAGUUGCCUGAACCAGUUAUCAAAGUGGAGUUGUAUCAGCCUCUACUGCAUUGCACCGAAAUGUCAACCGAGGUUAAACUGAAAAUGUACCUAUCUUUAUUGGAUCAGCUGCCUCGAGUUCCCAACUAUGCUACGUUAAAAAAGCUGUUGGGCCAUUUGAAAGUUGUGUCAGAAUCAGCGAAUGAAAACCUCAUGUCGAUACCGAACAUUGCUGCAAGUUUUGGUAACACUUUGAUGAGUGGAAACGGGGAUAGUGAAAUGGGCGAUGUAUCAGGCACCAAGUUCGACACGACGACUAAGGAAAUUACCGUUAUGGUUGACCUUCUAACAUUUUAUGAACCGUUAUUUGAUGUUAAACAAGCCGAUUUGGAUAAAGAACGAAAAAUUCUAAACGCAUUGGAAGCAAUAAACAAACAGUUACUGUUGCCGCCUAGAGCGGGGGACUUUUUAAUGGGUGUGUACUGGAUUGACAAAAAUGGAGAAUGCGUUAAUAUGCGCUUGAGUAGCAAACUGACGGCUGGACAGUUAUGCCAGAACAUGCUUGACCAUGAAAAAAUGGUCCACGAUAAUUCGUAUUCCCUCUACGAAGUCAUAUUCGAUGACAAGCUCUACCGGCCCGUCCAUUAUGCGGAAGAAGUUAGCUCGAUAAUAAUGCGAUGGACGGAAUGGAACAGCUGUAACAUUUGCGAAUACUCGUCUAAUUAUCUCUGUGUGCGGAGGAAUACUGUGUACGAGAAAGUGGCUAUGAUGGAGAGAAGUCCGCUGUCGGUCACACAGCAGUUACGAUUCAGUAAAGAUAAAACCUUCAAGAAAGUAUCGAUGGAUUUCAGUCGUAUGGCAUUGACAGUCCAUAAGUCAGCUAGUGUGGAAAAAGAUCUGGGUAACUGGAAAGUGGAAGAUAUUAUUUGGUUUCUGGGAUGCAGUCCCCAAAGGACACCACCAACGAAAUGGACUUUCUCUUUUAUUGAAAAAGACAGAAAUGCUGUGCUGUCGAGAUUGAAAGAGAAUCGUGUAGCCUUUGGAUUCACAGUGUGUUGCGAUGAGGAAGAAUGGUUAGACAAGUGGAUUGCCGCUAUGCUUCAAGCACAGCACAAUAUGGAUUUUUAUUCGGAUGCGGCAACUUUUGUAUGAUCUCUGUGAUACUCGGCACCUUACUUGUUCGUGCAGCUCGUUGUCACCCAGCUAAUGGAAUCCCAUUCCUGUGUGGACUGUGAUCUGAUUGAAUUUUGUCCGAUUUCAUCGUUUUCCCUGACACGGUUACGUUUACAGCGUUUAAAUUCUAUAUUGUCGUUUUUAUUGUUUCUAUUUUUGUAUUUAUGCUUGUGAAUAUGAUUGCACUGGGCAUCCUUUGUUUUCCAGUUUUAACUGUGAGCCUCUGUGAAGCUGUUCUUUUUAAAUUUUAGUGAUUUUUUUAUGUGCACGUGUACAGUAGAAUAGCGUUUGCGGCAUUAAUUUUUGAAUCGGUGCAUGUUUUUGGGCAGAUGUGCGUUCAGGACUGUAUUGUGUGGUUUUAUUAAAGCUGACAAGCAGUUG